UCUCGUGUUCUGAUAUUUUCGUCAAUGUCGCGGAUGUUGGACUUGUUGGAAGAUUACUGCUGGUGGCGCAAUUAUCGUUACUGCCGACUGGAUGGGCAAACGGAUCGGGCUCACCGCAUUGGCCAGAAGAAGCAAGUUCGUGUUUUCCGAUUUAUAACCGACAACACUGUGGAUGAAAGGAUAAUCGAACGUGCGGAAAUGAAACUUCAUCUUGAUUCUAUCGUUAUACAGCAGGUACUGAUCGGAGAGACUGAACACAGAGCGAGUUUCGCCCGAAUCGAUAUUUUCACUUUACCGUCAUUGUGA